UUCGCAAGAUGUACUCAAAACAAAUAAAGAAUUUGCCAUACUUUUAAAUCAAUUAUCCAAUGAUGAUAAUGAAACCUGGAGCGAAACAUUGGAGCAACGUUUCAAUAGUCAACAUCCUCGAUUCCCAUUGAAGGUGAUCAUUGUACCACAUUCACAUAAUGAUCCAGGAUGGUUAAAUACCUAUGAUCAAUAUUUUUAUCAUUAUACAUACUAUGUAUUAGACAAUCUGGUUAAAAAUCUAAACAAAUAUCCAAACAUGACAUUUGUGUGGGCAGAAAUGUCUUUCUUUUCCCGUUGGUGGGAUAGAUUAUCAUCAAACAAAAUGAAAGAAAGUUUACGAAAAUUAUUGAAUGAAAGUCGAUUGGAGAUAGUCACUGGUGGUUGGGUAAUGAACGACGAAGCUACCACACAUUAUUUCGACAUGAUAGAUCAAUUGAUUGAAGGUCAUCAAUUUAUUCGCACUGAAUUGAAAAUUGACACUCCAUUACGUAACUCUUUUUCUGUCGAUCCUUUCGGUCAUUCGACAACAUUUUCUUAUUUAUUACAAAAAUCUGGCAUCUCAAACAUCUACAUUCAACGAACACAUCACGCAUGGAAAAAAUAUCUAUCAGAGCAACAAUAUUUGAAUUUUUUCUGGAAACAACCAUUUCAAAAUAAAAACGAUCGUCUCCCAUUAUGUCAUAUGUCACCAUUACAUUUAUAUAGCUUCAAAUAUGCAUGCGGUCCAGAUUAUAAAGUAUGUUUAGAAUUUGAUUUUCGUAAAAUUUAUGGCGAAAAUUCUGAAUCUACAGCAACACCAUUAAAUGCUACCAAUUUAGAAACAAAAGCUAAAAAAAUAAUCAAACAGUAUUCUAAACUAGGAUCGUUAUUUUCACAUAAUGUAGCUCUGGUAUUACUUGGUGAUGAUUUUCGCUACAAUUUCGACAUUGAAUGGCAGCAACAAUAUAAAAAUUAUAUGCUACUUAUGGACUACAUCAAUUCGAAUGGAAAAAAAUUCAAUGAUACGGAAAUUACUUUUGGUACGAUUGAAGAUUAUUUUACCACUGUCAACGACCGAUUACCCAUCAACCAAAACAAUUAUCCGAUAGUGGAAGGUGAUUUUAUGCCCUAUGCCGAUGUUUAUGUGGAUUCUAUAUCCAGUUAUUGGACGGGUUAUUUUACUACACGUCCGUAUUUUAAAUCAUUGAGUCGCGAACUACAACAUUUGUUACGGUCGACAGAGAUUUUCUAUAGUCUUACGAGAAACUUUCUACGUCAACGUUGGAAAACCAAUUAUUUAAAUGUUUUGCUUGAUCGAGAAUAUAAUAUUAUUUCUAAUGCUAGACAAAAUUUGGCUCUCUUUCAACAUCAUGAUGGCAUUACAGGAACUUCAAAAGACUAUGUUAUGGAAGACUAUGGUAGACGUUUGAGUCAUUCUAUCAACAGUACGAUGAUUACUUUGGCCAAAAUAGUGCAGUAUUUAAAUUUAGAUAUCGAUUCAUUUAACGAUGUCAAUAAUACUGAACAGUUCAUUUUCACUACAUCUUAUCGAUCAAAUUGGCGUACAAUAACCAAGCAACUGGUGCUUAAAGUUCCCUCCGAUCAGGAUGGACUACGAUUGUUGGUAUUGAAUUCACAUACACAAUUAGUAACGGAAUCAAUCAAAAUAUUUGCUGAUGAUCCAUUCAUACAGAUUAUAGACAUUGAAAAUAAAAGAAAAAUUCCAUUUCAAAUUAAUCCAGUAUUCAUAAAUGGUUCGAAAUUUUCAUCAAAAAUUUUUGAAAUUGAAUUUUACGAUCAAUUAUAUCCAUUGUCAGUGAAAAAUUAUAAAAUAUUGACAAAUGAAGAUAGCCUUGAUCCAAAAGUUACCAUUUUCAAACAUCAUUCAGGACGAAUCAAUCAUUCAAAUGAUCAAGCAUUUUUAUUCGAAACAACUAAAAAUUUUCAUUUGGAAAAUGACUAUUUGUUGGUCACAUUAAAUGCCAGAGGGUAUAUUGAAAAGAUACAUUUUAAACAAAAAAAUUUGACAGAAUAUUUUGACAUGUCAUUCAUUGCUUACAAUUCAGUGCCAAAAAGAAGUGGUGCUUAUUUGUUGAAAUUUGUUCAUCAAAAUCCAUAUCCAGAUUUAUUUUUUUCACAAACACCAAUCAUUAAUCUAUUUAAAGGACAUCUAAGCUCGACCAUAAUUGUGAAUUAUACUGAUAUUGCAUAUUCGAUUAAAUUGUACAACAUUAAAUCCGACAUUGGUGCCGCCAUUGAAAUGAAACUGUUGAUUGAUUUGGAAGAUAAAGCUAAUUAUGAAAAUCAAGAAAUAGUCAUUCGUCUUGGUACGCAUAUUAAUAAUAAUAAUAACAACGAUAAUUAUGACAAUAGAUUUGAUGAAAAAAGGAAAACAAUAAACAAAACCUUGUACAAUCGUACAUUUUAUGUUGAUUCGAAUGGUUUUCAGAUGCUUGAAAGACAUUUCAUUGAUUCAAUCGGCAUCGAGGGCAAUUAUUAUCCAAUGACUUCGGCCGUAUUUAUUGAAGAUGAAAUACGUCGAUUUUCCAUACUAUCAUCGCAUUCACAUGGCGUAACUUCUCCACAAAAUGGAAUGAUUGAAAUAAUGCUUGAUCGUCGUAUUUUAUAUGAUGAUAAACGAGGACUUAGUGAAGGCGUAAUGGACAAUAUUCCUGCACAAUCAAAUUUUUGGCUAGUAUUUGAACAUGUUCACCAUAACAAUGGUCCAUCAUCAUCAUCAAACGGAAAAAUAUCACCACCAGUUUUAUCUCGAUUAGCUGAUUCAUUAUUGUUAUAUCUAAAUUAUCCAUCCAUCACAAUGUAUUCAUAUCGUAGUGAACAAGAGGUGACUAAACGUUCGACAAAAAAAUAUUAUCGAAAUCGCUAUUUAAUCGCACCGAAUACUUUAUGUCGAUAUUUCCUUCUAAAUUUACGUACAUUACCAAUCAAUGAUAAUUUUAAUCAUCCAUCACAAUCAAGUUUAAUGAUACUACACAAUAGAGUUUCGUUACAAUCAUCAAUUGAGCCAUCAUUAGAUGAUUAUAUUCCCAAUAAUAUUUGUGGUGAUUAUCACAACAAUAACAAUUAUGAUGAUCACGAUUCACCAUUGAUUAUAUCAUCAUCUGGCACUAUCAACAACCUGUUGCCAACAAAAUCAUCAUCAAUAACACAUCUAUUCAAUGAUGUACGUAUAACAUCAAUACAUAAAACAUUAUUAUCUGGUAUGAAAAGUUCAAAUAAAAUGAUAAGCUCAAUUUCGGAAAUGAAUAUUCUACCAUUUCAAUUGGAAUCAUAUAAUGUAACAUUUUAGUAAUGAAGCAUAAAAAAAGAAUAUAAAUAUCUACUACAUAAUAACCAUAAUAUUACAUUAACUAACACAGUAACUGCCUUAUUUGACUCCAAUAAUGUGAUAAU